AUGCAUUUCAGCGGACUCAUCCUUGCCUCUCUGGCCACCGUUGCGGUGGCUGCUCCUACCAGCAACGUCUUCAAUGAGGUCUAUAACUUUGACUCGAGUCUGGGAGAGUUCUACGCCAGGGUCAGCGCUCAUAUCGGACAAUUCCCAAAGGGAGCUACGUCUACCUGUGAGAUAUCCAAGGUGGCCUUGCCUUCGUCGAAGUUGCCUGCUGCAACGGGUACAUUGAAAUAUGUCGCUGUUGGUCGGGGUACUCAGAACUACACUUGCGCCGACUCCACUGCAGAUACCAUCCCAGCUCAAGCCGGCGCCGUCGCAAACCUCUACGACGCCUCCUGCAUCGCCGCCAACUUCCCAGACCUGCUCAACCUGAUCACCGACAUUAUCCUCAACUUCUCCCUUCCUGCACCUGGCAUCCUAACUCCCCUGGCACCCGCAAACCUGGACUUGUUGGGACACCACUACUUUGAGACUGCUACCAAACCAGCCUUCAACCUCAACACCACACCACAGAAGCAGUACGGUAUUGCGCUUACAGCUAAACAAAACGCGACCGCUGCCCCUGCGGAGUCGGUGCUGGGUCAGUUCAAUGUGGGCUAUGGUGCUGUUCCCUGGUUGUAUCUUUCUACUGUUCCUGGAACGACCGAUGGUUACUCUGCUGUGUACCGAGUCAAUACUGCUGGAGGAUCUGCACCGGCUACUUGCGCUGGUCAACCGGCUGCUUUCCAGGUUCAAUACUCGGCACAAUAUUUCAUCUAUGCUUAA